GAAUACUCUAAUUACCAAACAAUCUCAAAAAUGUUUAUAACCAGAUGAUUUUGACAAAUAACAUUGUAUUUUAAGUGGUGUUGAGAGAAGUAUCUAAAUUGUACCGUGAAUCUUAUUCAGUGAGUUCAAAGUAUUGAAGGAUGAAUACAGACUGUUACGCCGAGGCCACAACUUGUCGCUUUCCUUCGCUGAGGCACCGCUACCAGUUGAUGCUGAUGUGUAUGAGUGGGCUGAUAGUGACCACACUGAACCGGUCAAUGUUACCCGCUUUGCUGACGGAAACAGUUGAGCCUACUCAGUCGCUGAGGACGUUUGCCUGUCGCCCAAAAGUUCGCAAAAACGCGUCUGCCUGUUUGGCAGAACUAGAACCGUUGUCAAAUUCUCGUGGAGCUCUACAAGCAGUGGAUCUAAUAGGAUCGGCUGUGGGCAUGCUACCUGCGGGGAUAAUCAUACAAAGAUUUGGCCCAAAGACUAUGUUUGGCCUUUCGGUGUUUAUUCCAGGGAUCUGCUCAAUGAUUUGUCCACUCUGCGUGCGCACUAGCUCCAAAAUGAUGUUGGGAAACCAAUUCAUCAUGGGGAUGUUUUCAGGAGCCCAAUAUCCAGCGUUUGCAUGGUACGCCGUUCAUUGGUUACCUCACACUGAGGUGGGCUUCAUGCUGGCAGUAAUACUUAUAGGAACCCCUCUAGGCUCGAUGAUACAGCCACUGGUAGCUCACCCUGUGAUGUCUCUCGGCCGCAGAUGGGCAAAUGUAUUCUACAUGACCGGUGCAACUGCGAUUGUCUGGGCGUAUUUCUGGCAGGAAAAUAUAUGGGAAUUUCCAUUCCAGCACCCUUACAUCCAUGUGGACGAGAUGGAAUUACUGGAAGACACUACUCUAUUAAACAAGAAGUCUGAAUGGAACUGGACGUGGAAGUCCAACAUAACAAGUCUUCAACUCUGGACUCUUGUGGUGGCCAAUCUGGGAUACUCUUGGAUUUCUACUUUUGUCGACAUCUUGAUACCAGCCUUCUAUUUUCCAUAUAUUCACAACACCAACUCCGGAAUAUUUAAUCCCAGUUUAGGAUGUCUUGCCAUGGUGCUGGUUGCUGCUACAAUUCUGGCCUCAGGGGUUGUAAGAGACCGUCUGGUCGCCGCCCACUACUUCCAUACUGCAGACAUCGCCUACAUAUACUACUCUAUCUGCAGUGUCGGAGGGUCCCUGAUGCUCCUGGGUCUAGCCCACCGAGAGUGUCACCGCAUCUCGGUUUUCCUGUACUACACGUCGGCUGCGAUGUGUGUGGGGGUUGCUGCCAUUGUGAGGGUGGAAACUGCCCUCAAUAUGAACCCUCAUCUGGCAGCCGUCAACAUAGCCCUAACCUGCUUCCCUGGGCUCAUUGUUUCCCCACUACACAUCGUGCUGGGAACUUCUUUGUUGCAAGGGAAUACGUUCAAAGACUGGAAGAGGUUGACUUAUUUGAAUACAGUUGCGUGUAUAAUCAUAACUGCAGUUUUCCUGAAACUGGGAAAAUCACUUAUAUCAUUCAGUCCUGACCAUUUGAGAAGUUACCAAAUUAGAUCUGAAGAUUCUGACCAAAGAUCACCAACUCCGAGCCUGGCAUCUGAAGAGUCCAAGGAACUAAGUGAAGGCGAAAUCAGCGAGACUCGAACAAUCCGGAGUGAAAUAAUAGAGAUGCCACUCCAGAAAAGAGUCAGAUUCGCAAUUGACCGGCAAGUGGAAUGGGCGAUAAGGCCGCACAAUAAAUCCCUGAAUGCACAAGAUGUUGAAGACAUCCCUGGGACAUCGACUCAAGGACGCCAAAUUGAGGAGGAUAUUCAAAUUAUUUCAACAUCAUUACCAGACAGACUGUCAUUGGAAGAGAAAAACACAAAAGAUUCUUUGACAAUGGAAUAAAUUAUAUGAACUAUUGUUUAUAUUAAACAUGAAAUUGUAUUCAAAGACAUAGGGCCUAUACAUGUUGAAAACAUAUUUGACUAAUUAUUACAUAUAGUGAGAAAUUGU